AUGCCGACAGCCUCUUCUUUGUGGCUGGCGCGCCUGCAGCUGCGCGCACUAAGCCGAGCUGAACGAACGACCGGAGGGGGAGCAGAAUCCAACUCGAUGGGCAUCCGAGGGACAGACGGCCUGCCCCAGCUCAAGCCCGCUGAGGCCGGCAGAUACGCACCCGUGUUGGCUCUCGCGCGUCUUUUUCUGGCGGACAAACACGCUGACCUGUUGCUUCUGUUCCAGAACCUCCGGCGGCUUGCGGAUCUGCGAGGUCCGUCCAGACUGUUCCCCUCGGCUCGCCAAGUCCCGCGUCACAUCUGCGCACACGUCGGGCCUCCAAACAGCGGGAAAACCGCGGGCGCCGUGGAGGCCCUGGUGAACGCCUCGACAGGCUGCUACCUCGCACCCCUCCGCCUCCUCGCCUGGGAGGUCUACGUGAAGCUAAAGAAGGCGGGGAAGCGUGUGGCGCUCGUCACGGGACAGGAACGCCACGUGUGCCCGGACUGGACGCACCUGUGCUGCACUGUUGAAAUCGCCCCUCUCGAUCGACGCUUCACCUGCGCCGUCCUGGAUGAGGCGCAGCUCCUCGCCAACUCUCAACGCGGAGAUGCCUGGACGAACGCGCUUCUCGGCAUGCAGGCAGACGAACUCCACGUUUGCAGCGAAGCGCGCGCAGCGCCUCUGGUAGAAAAACUUGCCACGGCGUGUGCGGACAGGUUCACCAUUCGGCGGUACGAGCGGCUCUCUCCCCUUCGCGUAGACGACCGGCCUCUUGCGCGACUGGAAGAUCUCCGUACAGGAGACUGUUUGCUGUGCUUCACGCGAGUCGACGUCCUGCGACUCAAGCGGAAGCUAGAGGGCCUCGGCUUUGACGUUUGCGCGGUGUACGGACACCUGCCGCCGUCUGUCAAACAGCGCCAGGCGCGCAAGUUUAAUGCAGCCGUUGCGGAGGCGGUUGCCGCAGAGGCGGCUGCUGCUGAGGCGACGGGAGAGGCGUGGAUGUCUCAGGUGUCUCAGGGCGCACUCAAGAAUCCGCAGGGAGAAGGCGAGGCGCCCGCUGGCCUGUGGCCGCUCGGUGACGAGCGGCCAGCUGACGCAAGGGCGCUGGAGGCCCACUCCGCAGCAGCAGACGCUUCGCGUGAGUCGCAUUCUCUCCUCCGUGUCCUCCGCGAUCUCCGCCCGGGGAGCACGUCGCCUUCGUUUCUGGAGUCCACCCCCACAGCGACACCUCCGCCGCCCUCGACUGGUUCUCGUCUCCUGUCCCCCGGCGACCGUGCGCGCCGCCGGACUGUUUUGAUUUCAACCGACGCGGUUGGCAUGGGUCUGAACCUAGAGAUUCGCCGAGUGGUUUUCUGGAAGAUGAGCAAGUUCUCUGGAAGCGCCAAGAGGCCGCUCACCGUCGCGGAGCUUCGACAGCUGGGCGGCCGCGCUGGCAGACGGGGAAGACUCUUCGGCGAGGAAGGCGGACGAGUCAGUUGCAUGGAGGGAGAGGACUUCCAUCGACUCACACAGGCUUUCGAUGACUCGUCGCCUAUCCCGCCUCUGAAGCAGGCCGCGCUGCUGCCCUCAGUGCGACAGCUGCUGCUGUUCUGUGACGAGCUGAAGCGCUCGGGCCUCGCCGGUCCGCGAGGGAUCGUCGGCGCGUCUCCCAGCUCGCCCAGCGGCUUCGCGUCUGCGCACCUCGGCAAGUUCUACGAGGAAGCGUUGCAACUGUUCUGCGACCUGGUCAGGGUCGACGCCGAUUUCUUCGUUCCCCUGCACAAACUGAACCGCAUGCUUACGGUGCUGCAUGCCCUGUCAGACAUUCCGCUCUCGCGUCAGCAGCGGUUCACGUUCGCGCUCGCCCCCCUUCCUGUGGCGGCGCCGGCUGCCUUUCUGAAGGACAGCUCGCGAAAGCGACGGCCGCAGCCCGCGGGCGAGCCCGCCGCAGCCGGCGCCACUGGGUGCUCAGAGCUCGAGGGGGAUCAGGAGGAUCCUGCGGCGGCAGCGGCGGAGGCGGGCGAGCAGGCGGAGCCCGACGAGGAGGAGGACGCGUGGCUCAUAGCGGAGGCUGAGCAAGGCAUUUUUUUUAAACGAGUAGAUGACGAGGGACUCGCACUGGCCGCCGGCCUUGGCGCCGGGCUGUCGCCACUCGUCCUCGGGGCAGUGAGAACCUUCGCCGUGCUGCUCAGCUCGUGCGGCGUGGCGCCCCUUCCGCAGGAUCUCCGCUUCUGCGGCUACGCGGCCUGCGGCGCUGCGCACGCAGAAGGGAACCGCGAAACAGGAGGCGGGGUAGGAGACGCUGCAUCUGACCCGAGGAGUGCGCGCGGGUCUGGGGAGGCGGUGGAGACUGGCGGCGCGUCGCUGCUGAAUCCGGGGCAGACAGAGGUGCGAGAGACCUUGGAGGCUUCGACGCUGCUGCGCGCCUGUGGCGAGUCGCCGUCUUUUCAGGCGUCGUUGAUGGCGUCCCUCGGCUCCGCCAGCGGCGAGGAAGUCGGGGACGCAGACCUCCGAGACCUGGAGGAGCGGCUGAGCCAACUGGAGCAGCUUUACCAGAUUUUGGACCUGUAUCGUUGGCUCUCGUUCAAGUACCCGCACGCGUUUCUUGAUGCGUCCCUGGCCACGGAGUCUCAGCGGCAUCUGACGGCGGCGAUAGAGUCGCAUCUCACGAGAGUUUCAGAUCCCAGUCCCGCCCUCGCAGGUAUGCAGCAGCUUCACCCUGAGAGCGGGUGUCACUCACGCGAGGCCGGUGAACUUGGCCUGGAUCAGCGACAGGCUCUGCGUGCGCUGUCUGCUUCGUCUGCACUGCGCGUCAGCGCAGCCGGGAGGGACAGCGACUUCUUUGCAGCGCUGACUCGAGACAAGACCGGCCUCGCGCAUGACGCCUUCCUUCACUUACGCCACGUGGAAGCAGACGGCGGGGGUGGCGGGUCGCUGCCUGGCAAGCACGAUCCCCUCCUCGCUCUGCUUGCGGCCUCGGCCGUUGGAAGGCAGCUUUUUGACGGGGCGAGCAACCCAGGUCGCGCGUUCUCCGAGGCAGUUCAGGGUCUCCUAGAAGAGGGGCGGAGCCGCGGCAUGCCGCCCGCGAAUGGCUGCAUGCCGACCGCGAUGUGCUGCAUGCCCCCUGCAGAUGCUGCGUGCCCACCAGAGCGAGAAAACGACGCGAGGCGAACGGAGGGGCUACCCUUCUGCGUCGACGUGCGAGCCACAGUGGCGACCCCACAUGCCACAGCCCGAAUGCCGCAGCCGCAGGAGAGAGGCGACGCGUGCGGCAAAGCCGACGCAGAAACUGAGACAGAAAGAGGCCGAAAGCGAGUGGGGAGAGUCGAGUUGGAGCUAGACAGGCUCGACGAAAGCCGCAAAGAAGGGCGAGUCGAUGCCAGCGGCGGAGGCCAAGUUGCCGCGAAGGAAAAGGGCACCCUGGAGGACGUGUGGGUUGAGACCCGCCCGCUGGGAAAUAGUAGGGAAAAUGCGUCGAAAUUGAGUCGCCUCCUGCGGGAGAUUUCUGCGCUGACCUGUGUGAACGAGUCCGAGGCCGAAAAAACGUUGGAGGAGGUCGUGCUGCGCUUAAGAUCACGUAGCCACGUAGACGCCCCCACCGAAAGCAAGAGAAUCGAUUAG